UGCAAGUUGAAAACACGCAUCCAUUCCUUUUCGCCACUAUUUCGCACAACCAGGAAUCUCUGUGUUGCAAAGGUAAUUGCGCCGCCGUCGAUCUAGAGAAACAGACAUGUCCAACUUCCAGGAUCCCACCAGGGUCGUACCAGCUCCUUCGUGGGGAUUGACAUAUAGACCACCUGCGAUCGAAGAUGGUGUUGACUCUGGGCUAGAAGAUGAUGAAGAGGAACAGCCAAUUGAGCCCGAUGAUCCAAAGAUAUUUCGCGAUGGCAGGGCCCCCCGCGAGACCGACAUUUUCAUCGCGGUUAUGGGCGUGACUGGGUGUGGAAAAAGUUCUCUGAUAUCGCUUUGCUGCAAGAGGCCAGUUCGAAUAGGCCAUGACCUACAAGCAUGCACCGCGGUGGUCGACGUUUACCCGUUUGAGCUCUCUCCCACACAGACCGUCUUUCUCAUCGAUACGCCCGGGUUUGACGAUACAAAUCGCAGUGACUCUGAUGUUCUCAGAGAGAUCGCAUCAUGGCUGACCAACUCAUUCCGCAACAAAAUCCUGCUUCAUGGUAUUAUAUACUUGCACCGGAUCAGCGAUCCACGCAUGCAGGGGUCGGCUCGGAAGAACCUGAUGAUGUUCAAGAAGCUUUGCGGAGACGACGCCCUCAAAAAGGUGAUACUAGCCACCACCAUGUGGGAUAUAGUCCCCACGGAAACUGCCGAGGCUAGACAAGCAGAGCUGGUAAACACCCCCGAGUUUUGGGGUUACAUGGUGGAAAAGGGGAGCCGGAUCUGCAGGCACCACAACACCAUCGGCUCGGCCCGGAAGAUUAUCGAAUCUCUGAUUCAGGACCGAAACACAAUGAUCCUAGAGCUGCAGAACCAGAUGGUCAACGAGUCUCGGCCGCUGCAAGACACGGCGGCUGGAAUGGAACUCCGAAAAGAGUUUGCCCGGGAGAGGAAGAGGUGGGAACGCGAGCUGCGGGAGACACAGGAGAACAUGGAGGAGGCCAUUCGUCUGCGCGACAAAGAGUCCGAGGAGGCGCUCUUGGAGCUCAAGACCGAGUACACAGAGCGCAUUGAGAGACUCGAACGCGAGCACGACAAGCUCAGGACCAACGCGGAGCAGCUGCACCAAGAACGUAUUGUGAGGUUCAGGAACGCCUUCAAGGUCAAAGAGAUAGUCCGUGGCAAAGGUCACGAAGAAGAUCAAGGCGAUCCUCUGGACGCACCCACCUUCUCAUACAGCAUGGUUGGGGGGAUCUACUGCUUUACUGGCCCUGUCACUUACUGGUCUAACUGCUUGGGGAGAAAGUCCCGGGAUGCUUUCGAGAGGAUCCUAAUGCCGAAAAGGAGCUAUUGCGCACUCUGGGCUGGUGUUGGUGGCGCCUGGAUUUGCAAAUAUCGCAAUCAUGGGGGUAAUUGGGCGACUCGCUACAACAAAACGCUCGUCGAACUAUACCCUAAUCUCCGGCAAAAGAUUCAGACUUCGAGGCCGUGGGUCGAAAGCUGGCCGCAUUGGAUCUGCAUGGGACCAGCUCCUCACUACAUUCUUCAAUGGAAUGCUAGAGCCACCGCCGAGUCUCGUCAGGAUGCUUUUCUUCCUGUGCCAGUCGCAGAGGUGCUCAAAAAGGUAAGGGUGGAUGGUGUAUUACAGGCGGCAGCCCUUGGCUUCAACACCUCUUAUGUUUUUGUCGAUGUCAAAGGCAAAGCGACUUGGGAUCUCGGUGGUCACUACCCAGGACUGAAGCGCCGCCUGGAGCAACAUUCAACCGAUAUAGAGGCUGUGGCUUUGAACCCCACAAAUAAGACGGACUACAUCAUACAGUACCGAAACGGCAGCAUGGCCUAUUCGGUGGAGAGGUGCAUGCCGAACGAGCAUUUCGAGUCCUGGCUUGUCAAAAACACCGAACUUGAGUUUGGAGCUUCAAAGGACUAGUCUAGGUAAUCACUAUGCGUCUGGUGGAACAAAGCGAGCCAAAAGGUUGACACAAGACACAGCACAUUCCAUGGUGAGGACGCAUACCGGGCAUAUUCGUACAGAUGCUGGAAUGGGAAACUUGGAUAUCAAGCUUAUUGGCACUAGCGUACCGAGUAUAUAUGAGGCCUCUAAUAUUAUACAUACACUCAUUAAACUCUACCCCUACAGUAAAAUCUACAGCUUCCAAG